AAUAGAAAGAGAGAGAGAUACGAGUCAUUACAAGAUUAUCCAGCAAUAAAUAAUAAAUCGAGUCUUAAUCAUCAAAAAGAUAAAAUGUCAGUGGAAAACCUUGAAUAUCUUAGCAUGGUUUCCAUGGCCUUUAAAAUCGUUUAAUGGUCAUGGUUAUAGAUGCAAUAAAUAAGCAAAUUUCAUAUCCGAUUAUCAAUAAAUUCUAAACAUUGAUACAUACACCCUUUGCAUACACCGUUUUGACUCACACAUUCAUACACAUACCACCAUUUACAGCAAACAAAAUGUAUGCACACAACAAAAAAGGUCUUAUCUGUAGACUAUCUUUCAUUACUCUUCUAACAAAUGCCACGCAUAUUGUGGACAUUUGGCAACCAUGACGGCCAACAACACACCAGCAUUUGUUUGAUCACUAUAUCAAAUUAGAACAGCCAAUGUAAACAAUGUCUCUGCCAGGCACACUCAGAUUAACUGAUAUGAGGAGAACAUGAGACAUUGUUAUUCAUCUAAAUGGAGCCGUGUGGAGAAUAUAUCAAACCGAAACUAUCAUUUGAAGAUAUAGUAAAUGGGAGCUGGCCCAUACUUGAUCUGUGGAAUGCUACUACAGCAAUGGAAAAUGAUGCAAACUCCGGUACUGGUAUACUACAAAAAGUCAUGGCCAUGCUUAUUUUGGGUGUGGGCAGCUUUCUUUCGGGUAUGCUUCCUUCCGUUAUAUCUGAACAAAAUCGUCAGAGGUUUCCUUUGGCAACUUCAUUGAUGCUGUGUUUUGGAGCUGGCAUACUGAUGGCUACAUCAUUGGUGCACAUACUGCCCGAGGUACGCAAUCAAAUGAAUUCCAAUUGGGCCGAGAUCUCAUUAUGUGGAGGAUUCUUUAUCAUAUAUUUUAUUGAUGAAAUUGUGCACUACUUUUUUGGAGAAGUUAUACAACAUACGCAUCAGCAACAGCAGCAUCACCAUCAGCAACAACAUCGACAUUCCCAUAAUGGUAACAGUGGUAACUAUGGAUCCAUCGGAGGCGAGUCCGAGCCUUUACUACAAGAUUCUUCAACGCCUGAUGACCAUAACCAUACACAUUCCCACUCCCAUACGCUUUGCCAUGAACAGGUGAUUGAAGAAGCCAAUGCCAGAAUAUGUCACACUAACCAUGCCGAGCCAUGUUCCCAAUCAAUCUCUACUAUGGGUUUGUUUGCCGCCUUAUCACUGCACUCGGCCAUAGAGGGUAUAGCCAUUGGAGUCCAAAAUACUCCCUCCAAGGUCCUAUUCCUUCUGGGUGCUGUGGCAUGUCAUAAAUUUGUUAUGGCCUUCUGUUUGGGCCUAGAAUUUCGCUCAAAUACCUCAACAAGUGUAAAGGCUCAAACUAUGGGCAUUUUGGUAUUUUCCCUUGGAGCCAUUUGUGGCAUUGGUAUGGGCAUGCUUCUUGUAGGCAUUCCAAGUUCAUUAUUAUCAUCAACGGCUUUAGCCAUUAUACAAGGCCUAGCAGGCGGAACACUGCUCUAUGUCACCGUUUGCGAAGUGAUACCACGUGAAAAAGCCAGAUGGCAUCAAAAUGAGAACCGCAAGGGAGCGGGAAUUGCUCAACUCGUAACUGUGGCAUUAGGCUUUACGACCAUGGUUAUAAUUAAUUUGUACUUAGAUGAUGAUGACGAUAAUAAAAGCAACGAUGCAUGAUAACAACUCUUAGUGUAGUAACGUGUAAUUAGUAUAAGUAUUUGUAUCUAGUUUUAAGAACGAAACGAUCUAAUAAAAUGAGUUUGUAGUUCAAUGAUGAACGAAAAGGAAAAA